AACGACCUCAGAACGUCUCCAUCGCCCACCUCGACCCGCCUACAGACACAUCUGUCCCGCUCCCCUCAAAACCCCAGGCAACGAAGCCGCCCAUCCCAGCCCAUCAACCCUCCCCACCACAGCAUCCACCAUGGGACGCGCAGAACCCGGCUCAACCAAAGCCAUCGCGAACAAAUCCAAAAUGGUAGGACUCCAACGCCUGCGAUGGUGGUGCGAGCCGUGUCAAAAACAAUGCCGAGACGAAAACGGCUUCAAACAACACACACUCUCGGAAUCACACAACCGCAACAUGCAAAUCGUGGGCGAAGACGCUCGCGGAUACAUUAACGAAAAAUCACGACAAUUCCAACGAGAUUUUAUUCAAUUGUUGCGUACGGGUCAUGGGGAGAAGAAGAUUUCGUUGAAUCAGUUUUAUAAUGAGUAUAUCAAGGAUAAAGAACAUGUGCAUAUGAAUAGUACCAAAUGGCCGAGUUUGACGGAAUUUGCGAAAUAUUUGGGUAAAGAGGGGAUUUGUCGGGUGGAGGAAGGGGAGAGAGGGUUGGAGGUGGCGUGGAUUGAUGAUAGUGCCGAGGCGAUUCGGAGAAAAGAGGAUAUUCGGAAAAAGGAUCGUUUGGCGAAGGGGGAUGAGAAUAUUGAGUCGAGGUUGCUGGAGCAGCAGAUUCGGAGGGCGAGGGAAGAGGCUGAGAGGAAAGAUGCGGAGCGGAAGAGGAAAGCGGAGGAGGAGAGGGCGGAGCGCGGUGGUGAUCUGGCUGCAGCAGGAGGAGAAGAAGAGAACAAGGUGCUCGAGCCUGUCAAGGUUUCGUUGAGCUUAAAAGGUGCAAAGGGGCUAGAGAAGAAGAAGGAUGUGAGUGGUAUCGAUCAGCAGCCUCUAGAAGGCGUACCUGUAGCAAUCGAGACAUUCUCCACGGCGGAUAUGAAGAUGCAAGGGGAGGACAAGCAAGACAAUAACGAGGAUGGUCAGGCGGAGACAGAUGUGAAACCGGAAGCACCACCAUCACCUCCUCCUCCUGCUGCUGCUGCCAAAGUUUCACUUUCUCUGGCAUCGAAGAAGAAGAAUAUCAAUCCGCUAGCGAAGAAGAAUCCCUUUGCAAAGAAGACAGAUGUAGUACGAGCAGAGCCCGAGAAGAAAAUGAGCAACGCGGAGCGCAUCAUGAAAGAAGAGCUCGAGCGGAAGAGACUCGCAGAGGAGCGUGGGCAUAGUUCAAAACGACAACGUUUCAAUUAGUCAUGGGAUUGAGACAUUUGACAUUAGCGACGGCGCCGGGGCGUUACCCGCAUGUAUACAUUUAAACACGGACACGACGCUGAAUUCAGAGGACCUGUGCAGCUCAUGCCUAUGAUACAUUCACUUCGUGGCCCAUGCCGUGCUGAUCAGCAGACACCUGUUCAACAACACCCCUGGCGAACGUAAUGUUGAGGUGCGUGAUGUGUACUUCAUUUCCAUCCUUCGUGCUUUCCGCAAGCGGUCCCGGCUGCUUCUCUAGACAAGAGUCAUGCUAGGUGACUGAGCCGCAACCGUGACGUUGUAGCGGCGGCUCGUCGAAAAUGCGCUCGACAUGGGCGAAGCAUAGCUGAACGCGCCAGCGGUUGGUGCAAAGGUGAAGCUAGGUGUUGCAAUCGUGCUCGCGCGCGCACUCACCACUGCGCUCACAUCAAACGAUGUGGCAGUGUAUGGCAUGGCUGUGCUGAGUUGGUUGACACGUGCGGCAACAGUCCAGCCCUCAGCGGGGCCGAUGAAGGUGACAUGGGUGUAAAGACCACAUCGACUCGAGGCACCGAACUGGAAUCCAUCGCAAGAGGCAGUACAUUGAGCGGCACAGGCCUCGAAGUCGGCAGCAGUAGUGUAGGCCGAGUGCGCAGCGUCGAAGCGGUUGUCACAGCCGACUACGUACCGGUUCUUCGAACUCGGGUCGACGUAGACGGAAUUGUCUGACGCGGGACAAAUUACCUGUGAUUGGCUCGGGGUGAUUGAUGGGAUUUGUGAUGUCGUAGUGUUGCUGCUAUGUGGAAGACUUCCGAGUCGCGUCGAUGUAGGUCCAGAAUCUGAAGAAGUCUCAGUCGGGUACGGAGCUGGCAGAUAAGUGAUGAGCGUGGUAGGAUGAGUGGUGAUUGAAGUUGGCUCAACAGAGGUCGUACUGGUGGUUAUGGCGUCGUUCGCCUUUCCAUCGACGUCGACAGCGAGAAUCACGUAGGGGAAGUCUCCGGCAGCCGUACCCAACUCGAAACCACGCAGGCAUAGGUUGCAGAGGAGCGAGUCUGGCGACCACAUAGCGGCCAAGCAUGUGACAUCCUGGUCACACCGCUCCAGACAAUGCUCUUGUGUGCCUUCCCCUUGGGGGUCAGUGGUAAGGCAUAUCGCCUCGCGUGCACAAAUGGCCGUGUAGGAUCCGUUCAAUUUAUCGGUAAUUUGAUAGCCAUCACAUUCGUUGCAGCUGACUGCAGAGGGGUUGCAGCCGGAGUUGAUUGGCAAGACAGAAAAGGUAGGACCAACCGUGGUAGCGCUCAGAGAUGUCUGGCUAGUGACCGAACGUGCAGCUGGGGUGGGUGCAGCAGUCUGCAGUGGCAGGAAGGCAGUGAACGACUUGUCGGAGACAGUGACUGGGCCAGCCUUGGCGAGUUCGCAGUUUCGCUCCUCGUUGUACGUAACACCAGUGCAAAAGUCGAGCUUGUCACACUCCUCGAGACAAGCUUCGGGCGACAUCCAAUCCUGAGGCGAGUAGCUGCCGUUGGAGUUGAGCGAAGUAUCGCAGAGAACGCGGUAGGCAUUUCCCUUGCUAUCGAUAGCGACCUGACCAGAGCACUUGGGGCAGAUCUCGUCGCCAUCCAGAUCACACUCGCCACUGGUAGAUGUUGACGAUGCAGAAGUCUUGGUGGUGGUGACUCCUGAAGCGGUGGGAGUCGGAGGAAGACGCGCGAGAUUGGUGUAUCCACUGGAGUAGCUCAAGCCCUUCUGCUGUCCAGCAGCGACGACGCAGGUACCGUUGGGGGUAAAGGUGACUCCCACGCAUUCGUCCAUGUCGUGGCAAGCAUCCAAGCAGGUGCUGGUGGUCACGUCACCGGCGACAGCUUCUUCGUGGACCGCCUCGAUGGCGAAGUCGCAGGUAACAGUCCACAGAUCACCGGUACCAUCUGUAAUGUUGCUGCCAUCGCAGCCGGGGCACAGCACGGAGCCUUCGUGGCAGCUCUGCGGGGCUGCUUGACGGGGCUUGAAGAUGUCGAAGAUGGAAUUGGCGGCGGCCAGCGAAGGGAGUGUGGUAGCCACGAGGGCAGCAGUGAGGGUAGCGAAUGACUUCAUGGUCAGUGGGGUAGUGAGUGAGG